AUGAAAAAGGCAACAGAUUGUCUUGGAGCUUUAUAUAAUAUCAAGAAGGAUUUCGAAUAUGAUACUAUCAAAUAUUCCAUACAUAGUUUAAUCCAACAAUAUGAAAGGAAUCCAAAUCCUUUCUAUAUGGAAAAUUUGGAAAAUUGGUAUAAUGUUAACAUAUGGGGACCAAUUGUAGACAAAUGUUAUAAUGAUAUUGAUUAUAUAAAUGUAGUGAGGGGUGAAUCAUGCAGUAUUGCAAAUUCAAUUCAAAAAAAUCAUGAUCAAUAUGGUGGUUCUGAGGUAGAAAAGAACUAUGAAGGAAAGAAAUCUACAAAAUGGCUCUCUGAAGCUGAUUUAAAAUUGCCUAAGGUUCUAAAAGACAUGCUUUUGCUAUUAAACAGUCAUGUUUCUGAUAUGAGUGAAAGAAGGGAACUCAUAACUGUUGGCUACAUCCAUGGGGGUCUUCAACUUAUGUUUAUGACUUUAGAUAGUCCUGUCUUGUAA